AUGAAAUACCAAUGGAACACUAGAAAAUUUAAGGACGUCGUCUUGAAAAGGUUCUGCGAUGCGUUGACUGCUAUCGGUGGACCUGGUCAAGUACUCAUCAUUCAACCGGAUAUAUUACCUGUUAUAAAUAGUUUGUUAUCAUUUACAAAAUUGACUGAAGAGACUCCAGUGAAGAAGAUUUUACUUCUCGACGAUCAAUUGACUACAGAUCUUACAGAGAUUCUAGAAACAAUUCCGGAUGUGAAGCUAGUGUUUUUAAUAGAUAUUAGAGUCGAUCUUAAGGUACCUACCAUAAUAGAAUCUGUUUUAGGUAAUUUAGAAUUGACUGAAGUAGAUGUCAUGUAUUGCGCUUGGGAAACCGAUAUCUCAAAUGGUAUGACAAAUAUCCCACAUUCCAUUCAAUCACAAUUACAAGAAUAUUGUCAAAUUGUUAGGAUUAUUCCUUGGGAAAUGGUAACAAUGCCUCAAUUCGACGAUGAUUUUAUUUGUCCGCAUCUACUGUAUAAUUCAGAUAAUGAUUCAUUAUAUGCACCAUUUGAAAAUUCAAUGAAGGAUGGAACGAGAGAGGUUUUAUUAGAUAAUAUGGUUAAUUGUGUGCAGACUUUAUUAAUACACACUAAUACAACGGUCACAAAUACUGUUACAUUGGGUAAUUUAUCUCAGAAAUUUGCUCAAUUGUUGAAAUCAAGGAUAAAGGAUAAUAUGACACAUGGUGAUGAAAUAAUAUUCGAUUCUUUACAUGGGAAGAAAGCAGCCAUUGAUAUCGAGACCGAUAUGAUUGUGAUUGAACGUGAGAUGGACCCGAUUACACCAUUACUUACGGAACUAACAUAUUUUGGUUUAUUAAACGAUUUUUAUAAAUUUGAUUCAAACGGAACUUUAAUUGAUAAAGAAGGGAAUUCACACAAUUUUGUUAACGAUGAUGAAAUAUGGAACCAGUUGAAGUUUCUUAACUUUGGUGCAAUGGGACCUACUUUAAAUAAGAUGGCUAAAGAAUUACAAACCAAAUAUGAUGCAAGACACGAGGCUGAGACUGUAGGACAAAUUAAGACUUUUGUAGAUUCAUUAGGGACAUUACAACAGGAACAAAAACUAUUAAAGAUGCAUACUACAUUAUCAUCCGAUAUCCUUGAAGAAGUUGAGAAUAAUGAUUCUUUAGAGUUUGAUCACAUCUUAGAAUUAGAACAAGAUAUCUUGUUAGAUAAUUUGGGAACCGCCAUUGCCAUGGAUCGUAUUCUAACGUUAUUAUAUGAAGAUAAAGUCUCAAUGGAAGUGAUAAUAAGAUUGAUAUGUUUAUUGUCACUGUGCAAGAACGGUUUAAAGGAUAAUGAGUUUGAUACUCUUAAAAAAGAACUAAUCGACACGUAUGGGAUAGAGAUACUUUUCAAAUUAGAAUGGUUAACAAGAAAUGGGUUAUUCAUGAGUAAAUCUUUAAUGCAAUCUCAGAUACAAACAAAGACUGCGUUAAAGAAAGAAUAUAGACAUAUCUCUAAAUGGUUAGAUACCGUUCCGAAUGAAGAAGAUGGAGAUCCUAUUAUAAAGAUAACUGACCCCAGGGAACCAACUUUUGCAUAUUGUGGUGCAUCACCUCUAAGUGUACGACUGAUUCAAUCACUUUAUGAUAGAACUGUUCUUUCGAAGAAUUACUCUACACAACAACCAUUCAUGAUUUCGAGGGAACCAAGCUCAGCUCAAUUAGAUAAUUUGGCACAACAAAUUUACGGACAGGCUGACAUAAUCACUCAGUUCCGAUGGGUUCCUGAACCUACUGCAAGAUUGAAACGAAUCCGUGCUGCAAACAACAACAACAACGCUACGCCAUCGAACAGCACCACAAAUACAAGCAACCGGAAAUCACUACAGAACAAAGAUAUAGUAAUGAUCGUAUGCCUCGGAGGAAUCACUCCAGGAGAAGUAGCGUUGCUUAAGUUCUUACAAACCAAACUACAACAACGUCACAUAAACAAAAGAUUUAUUAUCAUUGCAGACGGCAUAGUGAGACAUACCAGCCAAUGA